UGCACGUCCCUGUUUUCAGUCAUUUUUAGUGCCCACUCCUUUUCAUCUGCGUCUUUUCAGCCGUCGUCUGAAUCUGCCACAAACAGAGAGAGAGAGAGAGACCAGCUCCACCAUAACAACAACAACACACACCGAUACACAUAUAUAUAUAUAAAUCUGCAGCUAUAACAUUAUUAGAUAAAAGCAGCGCUGUGUGUUCAUCAUGGGGAGCUGGUAAGAAGAAGAUGACCCUUUUCUCUUCGCUUGAGGAGGCUGUGCUGCUGCUGCUGCCGUGUGGGGGAGUGGGUUACAUCCUGUGGCGUUUCCUGUGUUUGUAAACUAGACUGGUCUUGAAAACGUCGGCCGAGUGGAGCUAAAAAAAAAAAAAAAAGAAAAAAGAAAGAAGUUUUAAUGCUAGAUGAGUGAGGUGGGUGUGGCUUCCCACCAGCCCGACCAUCCUGACUGACGGAUCUCUGGAUGACCUUGUCCCCACCCCUGUCCCUGCGCUCACAUACACCACAGCAAUGUCACAUCUGCCCAGCAGCUCAGUCCGCGACCAUAUGAAAUGGGCGGGGCUGCUUGGCUGCGAGGCUGUCCUCUCCAGUAUGGCCCUGAUGCAGGCCAGCUCCAUGGCUGCUCCGCCCAAAAAAAUGAUGGCUCCACUUGGCCAUGGACCACCACAAAGAGAGGGACCUGACCGUGGUCCCCAGAGCCACAUGAUCCUCCCAUCUGGAAUGAGCUGUCCACCACUGCUUAUCCGGAAGGAAGGUGAAUUCCAAGCUCCCCGCCUGCUGGACGAGAAGGAGAUGAGGGCCAACGAGGACAUGCAGCAGAAAAAAAAGAACAGGAAAUCAGUAACGCCCUGUAAAGUGAGAGAACAAGAGGGAAGGGGUGGGAAGGGUACAGGAGAUGAGAAUGGUCCAUCAUCCAAAGUGCAGAAAAACUUUAUUUGUGAUCACUGUUACGGAGCAUUUAGGAGUGGAUACCACCUGAAGAGACAUAUCCUCAUUCACACAGGGGAGAAGCCGUAUGCUUGUGCCGUAUGUGACAUGAGGUUUAUUCAGCGUUACCACCUGGAGAGACACAGCCUCAUUCACACGGGGGUGAAGCCGUACGCUUGUUCCAUGUGUGACAUGAGGUUUUUCCAGCGUUACCACCUGGAGAGACACAGACUCACUCAUACGGGGGUGAAGCCGUACGCUUGCUCCAUGUGUGACAUGAGGUUCUUCCAACGUUACCAUCUGGCAAGACACAGCCUCACUCAUACUGGGGUGAAGCCAUACGCUUGCUCCAUGUGUGACAUGAGAUUUUUCCAACGCUACCACUUGGCAAGACACAGCCUCACUCACACGGGGGUGAAGCCAUAUGCUUGCUCCAUGUGUGACAUGAGAUUUUUCCAGAGAUACCACCUGGCAAGACACACUCUCACCCAUACGGGGGUGAAGCCAUACGCUUGCUCCAUGUGUGACAUGAGGUUCUUCCAGCGUUACCAUUUGGCAAGACACAGCCUCACUCAUACUGGGGUGAAGCCGUAUGCUUGUACCAUGUGUGACAUGAGGUUUAUACAACGUUACCAACUGGAGAGACACAGUCUUACUCAUACGGGGGUGAAGCCGUACGCUUGCACCAUGUGUGACAAGAGGUUUUUUCAGCGCUACCACCUGGCGAGACACAGCCUCACUCAUAUGGGUGUGAAACCUUAUGCUUGCACCAUGUGUGACAUGAAGUUUUUUCAGCGUUACCACCUGGCGAGACACAGCCUCACUCAUACGGGUGUGAAACCUUAUGCUUGCACCAUGUGUGACAAGAGGUUUUUUCAGCGCUACCACCUGGCGAGACACAGCCUCACUCAUAUGGGUGUGAAACCUUUUGCUUGUACCAUGUGUGACAUGAGGUUUGUUCAGCGUUACCACCUGGCGAGACACAGCCUCACUCAUACGGGUGUGAAACCUUAUGCUUGCACCAUGUGUGACAAGAGGUUUUUUCAGCGCUACCACCUGGCGAGACACAGCCUCACUCAUAUGGGUGUGAAACCUUUUGCUUGCACCAUGUGCGACAUGAGGUUUGUUCAGCGUUACCACCUGGCGAGACACAGCCUCACUCAUACGGGGGUGAAGCCGUAUGCUUGUUCCAUGUGUGACAUGAGGUUUAUUCAGCGUAACCACCUGGAGAGACACAGCCUCACUCAUACGGGAGAGAAGCCAUUUGCUUGUGACAUGUGUGAUAUGAGGUUUAUCCAGCGCUACCACCUUGAGAGACACAAGCGUGUCCAUAGUGGGGAGAAGCCUUACCAGUGUGAACGGUGCCAGCAGAACUUUUCACGGACAGACCGGCUGUUGCGGCAUCGGCGGUUGUGCCAGGGUCGCAGCGUAGCUAAAGUAGAGAACCAGCCAUGCUGCGAACCUCGUCCAUACCCCCAGGAACCCCCACCCGCGCCGCCAACCUGGAGUCCCCUGCAUCCCCCUCCGGGCCGGCUGGCGGUCUGACAUUCCGCCUUCCCCGUGACAUCAACACCGCCAGAGACGGGACAAACCACAGGGUUUCUUCUUCUUCUCAGCUCUGCUCAGAGUGACGCCACACUCUAGCGCAGACUGACCUCGCAGCUCCAGUCUUGGGAUUACUAAUGACAGAGGGACAUAUGUGUUUUUUGUUUUGUUGACUUUUUACUGUGUUUCCUUUUCUCCCCCCCAAGUUUUUUUUUUUUUUUU